UAUUAUUAUUAUUGGGCGGAAAAUCUUAAAUUCAUCAAAAAUGUUCAACACUGGUUUAUUCAAUUCAGAAGAUACAAAAUUGGACUAUAUACUUAAAGUGUCCACAUUGGUCAAUGUUUUCUGUUUGUUUGUUAAUUCAUUUUUUGGCUAUUGGAUUAGCGUGGAUGGAACGGAAUCGGAUAAACAUCAUAAUGAUGAUAAUUCAUCAUGGACAACAUUUAUUGCCACUGCCAUUAUAUUCUAUAUAUUCAUUGGUAUUUUAUCAUUUUCAACAUUCAUAGCAAUGUGUCGCCAUUAUUCACAAUUUUUGAUCAUAAAUGGUAUCGUAGCAUUCGGUUUAUUCACUGUUGGAUUAUUUCAUCCUGGUCUACGUGAAAAUUUUUUCUGUUUUAUACUAUUAUUUUUGGCCACAUUUCAAUACGUUUUAUUGGGAUUAUAUUAUCAAACAAUUGAUCAAUGUCAAUUACGUCAACAUGGUUAUGAUUGUCGUGGACGUUGUGUACAACAAGAAUAUGUUAAUCGAUUAAAAUCAUUGGAUAAUUCAUUGUUUUCUGGUCGUGUUCAAUCAUUCAUGCCGAAUGCAUUCGAAAAUUUCAAUAACAAUCCGGGUAAUCAAAAUGAUAGCCAAGAUGGAAAUAUACCGGCACCAUCAUCAUCAAUGAGUGAAGUACAUUUUCAUAAUUCAAUUGAACAACCAGAACCACCAAAAGAACAAUCACCAUCACCAAUGAAACCACCACGAACAAUUAAUAUGAUUCCGGAAAAUAAUUUUAACCACGAUUUGUUGCUCAUCGACAACAACAAUCAAUCGCAACAACAACAACAACAACAGAUGACAAUGGCCACCACAAAUGUUGAAAUAGAAUCGAAUGUUGUUGAAAAUAAUUUAAUGUCAUCACAGACAUCAUCAUCAUCAUCACUAACAACAGCAACAACAACAACAAAUCGAUUCGGUCAUCGACGUCAACCAAGUCAGGGUAGUAAUCAAUCGAUGAAUAAUCAAUUACAACAUUUGGAUCCAUCAUCAUUUUUACAAUUUACUUAGACAAAAAUAUGUUUAUUAUUAUUGACUGAAUACAAAUAUAUAGAUA